AUGUCGGACGGAGAAGACGAUACCAAGUCCCAAGUCAGCGCGGCCGCCGAGGUCGAGGUCUCUGCCGAUGCUUCCGGCGGUAAGGGCCAGAUGAGCGUCCUCGAGGCUCUCAAGGGUGUCCUGAAGCUCUCCCUCAUCCACGACGGACUUGCCCGUGGUCUGCGCGAGGCCUCCAAGGCCCUUGACCGUCGUGAGGCGCACAUGUGCGUUCUCAACGAGGCUUGCGAGGAGGAGGCAUACAAGAAGCUCGUCGUUGCUCUGUGCUCCGAGCACAAGAUCCCCCUUAUCAAGGUUCCCGAUGGCAAGCAGCUCGGCGAGUGGGCCGGUCUCUGCCAGAUCGACCGCGAAGGCAACCCCCGUAAGGUCGUCAACUGCUCUUGCGUCGUCGUCAAGGACUGGGGUGAGGAGUCCCAGGAGCGCAGCAUCCUCCUCAACUACUUCCAGACCGAGCAGUAA